AUGGCUCGUACCAAGCAAACCGCCCGUAAAUCGACCGGAGGAAAGGCUCCGCGUAAGCAGCUCGCCACCAAGGCCGCCCGUAAAUCGGCGCCAACCACCGGCGGAGUCAAGAAGCCGCAUCGCUAUCGUCCGGGAACCGUCGCUCUCCGCGAGAUUCGCCGCUACCAAAAGUCGACGGAGCUGCUGAUCCGCAAGCUUCCGUUCCAACGUCUCGUCCGUGAGAUCGCCCAGGACUUCAAGACCGAUCUGCGCUUCCAGUCGGCCGCCAUCGGAGCUCUUCAGGUAGGAAUUUCCGCGUUUUUAAGUCAGUUUUCUCAUUUUUUGCGUAUUUCAGGAGGCUUCCGAAGCCUACCUCGUCGGACUGUUCGAGGACACCAACCUGUGCGCGAUCCACGCUAAACGCGUCACCAUCAUGCCGAAGGACAUGCAGCUGGCCCGUCGCAUCCGCGGAGAGCGCGCCUAA